GCUAAUUCUAUGGAAAAAAUAAACAACGUAACUGAAUUCAUUUUCUUGGGUCUUUCUCAGAAUUCAGUGGCUGAAGAAGUUUGUUCUGUGGUGUUUUCUUUAUUCUAUACAAUCAUUCUCCUGGGAAACCUCCUCAUCAUUCUGACAGUGUAUGCGGGUGACCUUCACAAGUCUCCGAUGUAUUUCUUUCUCAGCUACUUGUCUUUUGUGGAUAUUUGUUACUCUUCCGUCAUAGCUCCUAAGAUGAUUGUUGACCUAUUAGCCAAGAGAAAGAGUAUCUCUUAUGUGGGGUGCAUGUUGCAACUCUUUGUGGCCCAUUUCUUAGGUUGCACUGAGAUCUUCAUCCUUACUGUAAUGGCCUAUGAUCGUUAUGUGGCUAUCUGUAAACCCCUGCACUACAUGGCCAUCAUGGACCGUGACAGAUGCACUAAGAUGUUGCUGGGGAUCUGGGUAGGUGGGCUCCUACACUCCGCUGUCCAGGUGGCUCUGGUAGUCCAGCUGCCCUUCUGUGGACCCAAAGAGAUCGAUCACUACUUUUGUGAUGUGCACCCUCUGCUGAAACUUGCCUGCGCAGACACAUACCUUGUGGGUGCUGUUGUGACAGCCAACAGUGGUACCAUCGCCCUGGGGAGCUUUGUUAUCCUGCUGAUCUCCUACACCAUCAUUCUGGUGUCCUUGAGAAAGCAGUCAGCAGAAGGCAGGCGCAAAGCUCUCUCCACCUGCGGCUCCCAUGUCGCUGUGGUCAUCAUCUUCUUUGGUCCCUGUACUUUCAUGUAUAUGCGCCCUGAUACUACCUUUAAAGAAGAUAAGAUGGUGGCUGUAUUUUACACAAUUAUCACCCCCAUGUUAAAUCCCCUGAUUUAUACACUGAGAAACGCAGAAGUAAAGAAUGCAAUGAAGAAACUGUGGGACAGGAAGGUUUUCUGGGAGGCUAACAGAAAAUAG